AUGUCAAAAGUGUUUGACAAUACAGAGAAUGAAAGAACUAAAGCACCGACAAAGAAUUCAAUAGUUACUCAGAAAUUCAAAAGAAUACCCCUUGGUGGUAAAAGUACUAAUACAUUAAAUAGAUCACAAUCAAGUUUAGCUCCAAAUAAACCUUUAUUAGUUAAAUCAAAUUCAACAAUUCCAAUAUUCACUGAACCAGAAGAACCACAAUCUCAACCACAACCCGAAAUACGGAAGAGAAUAUCUCCAGUACCCGAUCUAUCACCAAUCAAGAAACAAAGAAUAAAUGGAUUUGAAACUGAUUCAUUAAUUAAACCUGAAUUUGCUCAAAAACCAUCACCACAAAGAAAAUCUCCAACACCAAAUUUAAUUCACGUCAACCAAGUCUAUCAAAAUUACAUGGAUCCUAUAAAAAGACAUUCAAAACCGAAAAACAUAGAUGAAUUGGUGGAAAAACAUUGGCAAGAUGAAAUUGAAUAUAUACCAAAACAAGAAGUUUAUUUUUCGACUCCUAUACAUUCAGACUCUGAGUUAAAUUUUGAUGAUGGAGAAGUAGAAGAUAUAACAGAAGAAAUAGGGUUAGAUUUGGAAGAUUUAAAAAAUUUACUAGAUUAA